AUGAGUGGUCGAUGUGUGCGAGUGAUGGCCACAACGGCCGCAACCAAGCGAUCACUGCCCGAGAGAUGUGUCUCAUCGCUGCCAUCAUCUGUGGAACCGUUCGCACGACUCAUGCGAUUGGAUAAGCCAUCGGGCGCUUGGCUUCUGAUGUGGCCCUCAUUCUGGAGCAUAUCGUUGGCGACUGAGGCCUCACACGUGCCAUCGCUCACCACAUUAGCCCUCUUCGGCGUGGGAUCAGUUGUGAUGAGAGGCGCCGGUUGUGUUGUCAACGACAUGUGGGACAAAGACUUUGACCGACGGGUGGAGCGCACGAAGAGCCGACCCCUCGCUUCAGAUCAGUUGAGCACAACGGAUGCGGUGAUGCUUUUGGGCGGACUGUCCGGCACCGGACUCCUCAUACUCACGCAGUUCGACCUCACGAGCAUCGCAUUGGGCGCCAGUAGUCUAGCGCUGGUCACUGUUUACCCACUGAUCAAACGGUUCAGUCAUUGGCCGCAACUGGUGCUCGGGAUGACCUUCAAUUGGGGGGCACUUCUGGGCUGGUGUGUGGUGUGCGAGGGUGUCAUCGACUGGACGGCAGUCCUACCCCUAUAUGUGUCGGGCAUUUGUUGGACAUUGAUUUACGACACCAUUUACGCCCAUCAGGACAAAGCCGAUGACCUCAUGAUUGGUCUCAAGUCGACGGCCAUUAAAUUCGGUGAUAAUACUAAGCAAUGGUUGUCCGGCUUCUCUGCCCUCAUGUGCUCUAGUCUUGUGAUGACUGGCGUUAAUACGGGUCAGUGUUGGCCCUACUAUACAGCGGUUGGCAUAACUGCCGCCAAUUUAUGUCAUCAGAUAUUUACGCUAAAUAUCAACGAUUCCGGUGACUGUUGGCGUAAAUUCAGACAAAACACGCAAAUCGGUUGGAUUUUGUUCAUCGGAAUCGCGUUCAGUACAUACCUUAAGGACAGCCCUAAUGGGGAACAGAAAGAUAAAUACCGAUUUAGAAUUUAA